GAGAAAACAGAAGUCCUCAGUGAAGAUCUUCUACAGAUUGAACGGCGUCUGGACACUGUGCGGUCAAUGUGCCACCAUUCGCAUAAGCGCUUGAUAGCAUGCUUCCAGGGUCAGCAUGGCACCGAUGUUGAGAGGAGACAUAAAAAGCUUCCUCUGACAGCACUUGCCCAGAACAUGCAGGAGGCUUCAGCCCAGCUAGAAGAGUCUCUCCUGGGGAAGAUGCUGGAGACCUGUGGGGAUGCUGAGAAUCAACUGGCCCUUGAGCUCUCACAGUACGAAGCCUUAGUCGAGAAGGAGAUAGUGGACCCUCUCUACGGCAUAGCAGAGGUUGAGAUUCCCAACAUCCAAAAGCAAAGGAAACAGCUUGCUAAACUGGUGUUGGACUGGGAUUCAGUCAGAGCGAGGUGGAACCAAGCACACAAGUCCUCAGGAACCAACUUUCAGGGGCUUCCAUCCAAAAUAGACACUCUAAAGGAAGAGAUGGACGAAGCUGGGAAUAAAGUUGAACAGUGCAAGGAUCAACUCGCCGCAGACAUGUACAACUUCAUGGCCAAAGAAGGGGAGUACGGCAAAUUCUUUGUGACGUUAUUAGAAGCCCAAGCAGAUUACCAUAGAAAAGCAUUAGCAGUCUUAGAAAAGGCCCUUCCCGAAAUGCGCGCCCAUCAAGGUCUCAGCAUAGCAUAUUUUCCCCUGUGGAAACCUCCAACCUGCUCUCAGAGUGACUGCAGCCAGACUCUCCACCCUGGCCGACAGACCUGUUCUACCCAACAACCCAACAAUUGUGAUAAGUGGGCAGAGAAACCAGCCUUUGGUACACCCCUGGAGGAACACCUGAAGAGGAGUGGGCGUGAGAUUGCUCUCCCCAUUGAGGCCUGCGUCAUGUUGUUGCUGGAGACUGGCAUGAAGGAGGAGGGCCUUUUUCGGAUUGGGGCUGGAGCCUCCAAAUUAAAGAAGUUGAAAGCUGCUUUAGAUUGCUCCACAUCUCAUCUGGAUGAAUUCUAUUCAGACCCCCAUGCUGUAGCAGGUGCUUUGAAGUCUUAUUUGCGGGAAUUGCCUGAGCCCUUGAUGACUUUCAGUCUGUAUGAAGAAUGGACACAAGUUGCAAGUGUGCAGGAUCAAGACAAAAAACUUCAAUAUUUAUGGACAACAUGUCAGAAGUUGCCACCACAAAAUUUUGUUAACUUUAGGUAUGUGUUUGCAUUUGCAUUUCUGUUGCUGUGUGAACUUCCUUGCAGAACACUGGCUGAAAUAGCAGCUGCCACAUCUGUCCACGUGGUUGCGGUGAUUGAACCUAUCAUCCAGCAUGCAGAUUGGUUCUUCCCUGGAGAGAUAGAAUUCAAUGUAUCAGAAGCAUUUGUUCCUCUUGCUACCCCAAAUUCUAAUCACACAUCCCACACUGGAAAUGACUCUGACUCGGGGACCCUGGAGAGGAAGCGACCUGUCAGCAUGGCGGUGAUGGAAGGGGAUUUGGUGAAAAAGGAGAGCUUUGGUGUGAAGCUUAUGGACUUCCAGGCCCACCGGCGGGGUGGCACUCUAAAUAGAAAGCACAUAUCCCCUGCUUUCCAGCCGCCACUCCCGCCCACAGAUGGCAACGCCUUGGCUCCAGCAGGCCCAGAGCUGCCUUCUCAGAGCUCUAGGGCUGACAGCAGCUCAGGGGGUGGGCCUAUCCCCUCUUCUGCAGGCAUAUUGGAGCAGGGGCUGAGCCCGGGUGACAGCAGUCCUCCAAAACCCAAAGACUCUGUGUGUGCAGCUGUCCCUGCACCAGGAAGAAACAACAACCAGGUGACCACAGGCCCAAGCCAGGCCCCAUCAGGUGGUAGCUCCCAUCAGCUCUCGGUGGGCACACCUCACAGUGCAGCUGGUCCCAGCCCUCAUACUCUGCGUCGAGCUGUGAAGAAACCUGCCCCGGCACCCCCAAAACCAGGAAACCUACCUCCUGGCCACCCAGGGGGUCAGAGCUCUCCAGGCACGGGCACAGGCACAUCCCCAAAGCCAAACACACGCAGCCCUUCGCCACCCCCGCAACAGGCCCCGGGCACGCGCCGCAGCUCCAGCAGCCUGCCCCCCAUCCAGGCGCCCAGCCACCCGCCACCGCAGCCCCCCACACAGCCCCGGCUGGGUGAGCAGGGGCCAGAGCCUGCCCCCACGCCACCUCAAACACCCACACCACCCAGCACCCCACCCUUGGCCAAGCAGAAUCCCUCGCAAAGCGAGAACACACAGCAGCAUGGAACCCUCCCAAGGCCGCGGCCGGUGCCCAAGCCCCGCAACCGACCUAGCGUGCCGCCACCCCCGCAUCCGCCUGGCGCCCACGCAGGGGAUAACAGCCUUGCACCGGCAGCGCCCACAGCCUCCAGAAUCGUCACUGAUGCCCUUCCCAGUGCCCUCACAGACACCAAUUCUAGGGUUUCAGAAUCACUUCGCAACAUCUUUCCUGAAAUGCAUUCAGACUUGGCAAGCAAAGAAGUGCCUGGCCACAUUCUGCUGGACAUAGACAAUGACACAGAAAGUACCGCAUUGUGAAGAAAGUCACUUGCCAGCCUUUGGCCCUCCAUCCUGGUGAGCAGAACUGGGUCAGGCAAGCCUCUGUCCCUGCAGACCACACAGUGAGAAGCUUUCAGUGGGAGAAGGAAGGUCUGACCACGCAGGACUAGACUCCCACGGCCCACAGAGAAGGGAAAGGGCCAGUCCUCAAAGCCGAAUGACCUGUGUCGUGAAGAAGUUGGCUUGCUUUAUCUAGGAUGAAAAUCAUGCCAAAAAUGAUAGAACAAGGAAACACCUACGGUGGAAAAAGUAUUACUGCUGAGAAAAGUGUGGGAAGUCUUUGCCCAUGCUGUUAACACAGACAGCAACUUGGAGUGACUAAGAGACUCACCUAUCUAUUUAAUAAAACACAUUAAUUAUGCAAGUUGCCUACUUCCUGCUACUUGGACUUUGGUUGUCUUGCACCAGAGGGAGCUUCUGUUCCUUCAGACUUGCUGCAGAAUCAUUUUGUAUUAAAUACAGUCUGUGUCUCCUCCAACCCCCAGAACCUCAAGCAUUGAUGGCGACUGCUGGCUCUGUCGCCUCAUCAAACUGGAUGUGAGUCGUGCCUUGUAGAUUGCCAGACAUGGAGAAAAAUAUACUGUUCUUUUUUUAAAAAAACAAAACAAUAUAAUUGCUACUUGAUAAAGGUGGAAUGUUAUUCUAGUUUCGUGUUUAAUUUGAAUUAAAUAUAUUCUGUGGUUUAUAUGAAAA